AUGAAGAAGAAGAAUUGCAUCAAAGGGAUCAAAGACUCAUCUGGAAGGUGGCAAGUCAAUGAGGCAAGAGAUAGAGUUAUUACUGAGUAUUUUCAGACCCUUUUUGCAACUGCUGAGGAAUUGGGUAAUAUGGACUUCUUGCAAGAUCUAAAUGGUAAAGUUGAUGCUCAGAUGGUAGAACAACUUGAUGCAACUUUCACAGCUGAGGAAGUAAAGAGAGCAUUAGAUAAAAUGCAUCCUACAAAAGCACCUAGAUCCAAUGGAAUGGCCUCUAUUUUUUAUCAGAAAUUCUGGUCUAUUGUUGGUACUAAUAUCACUGAUGCAAUGCUUAAAGCUCUUAACAUUGGCUCAUUUCCUUUCGAGAUUAAUCAUACUUUUAUCACAUUGAUCCCUAAAAAGAAACUACCUGAGCUUGUUUCUAACUAUAGGCCUAUCAGUUUGUAUAAUGUUAUUUAUAAGUUAAUCUCUAAGGUUUUAGCUAAUAGACUCAAGUUAGUUUUGCCUACUGUUAUUUCACCAUCACAAACAGCUUUUGUACCAGGUAGAUUAAUCACGGAUAAUGUUCUUGUGGCCUAUGAAAUGGUGCACUUUUUAAGAAGGAAGAGAAGUGGAAAAGAUGGCUUCAUGUCUCUGAGACUAGAUAUGAGCAAGGCUUAUGAUCAAAUUGAAUGGAAGUUUUUUGAAGAGGUGAUGAGACAGAUGGGGUUCAGUUCAAGAUGGAUUCAAUUGGUGAUGUUUUGUGUCACAACGAUUAAAGGAAUUCAAGUAUGUAGAGGGGCUCCUAAACUGAAUCACCUACUGUUUGCAGAUGAUAGUGUUUUAUUCUGCAAAGCUAAUAUGCAAACUUACUUAGUUUUGCAACAUAGACUUGAUAUCUAUGAAAAAGCCUCUGGACAGAAGAUUAAUAGAGCAAAAACUUUUAUAGUUUUUAGUCACAAUGUGCCUUUAGCCCAAAAAAUGGAGAUCACGCAGUUUUGGGGUGUCACUUUUCAGCAAUAUGAGAAAUAUCUAGGAUUGCCACCUAUGGUUGGAAGAGGCUUAAUGGCUAGUUUCUGGUGUGAUCAGAAACAAGAAGAGAGAAAAUUAAGCUGGAUUAGUUGGAGGAGGAUGUGUGAGUCAAAAAUGGAAGGAGGGAUGGGUUUUAAAAGUAUUCAAAUUUUUAACAAGGUCCUUCUAGCUAAGCAAGGAUGGAGGAUAAUGCAUGAAGAAUCUUCUCUACUGUAUAAGAUUUUUAAAGCUAGAUACUUCCCAACAACUAGCUUUAUUGAAUCUAGAAUCGGUGUGAAUCCUUCUUAUGUGUGGAGAGGCAUAUGGGAAAUCAAGAACAAUUUACUUAAAGGUUGCAGGUGGAGGGUUGGAAAUGGUCUAUCCAUAAAUAUUUGGACUGAUUAUUGGCUACCAAAACAAAAGUUGUUGUCUACUGUGGUUAAUGUUCCUCCUGAAACAAGAUUACAGUUGGUGUCCUCUCUAAUGAUGCCAGAACAGAAUAGUUGGGAUAUUGAGAAGGUAAGGAGUGUUUUGCCAGCAAGAGAAGCUAAUGAAGUGUUAAGUAUACGUUUUCCUAUAGAUAAAAUACCAGCUGACAUACUUAUAUCGGAGCAUGAGAUGAGUGGGAUUUUUAGUGUAAAAAGUGCUUAUGAUUUUUUCAAGUCUCUUGAGCAUAAUAGAGAUGAGGAUGAAAGUUUCAGAGCAGAAGAUGAAAAAUUAUUAUGGAAGCACCCAUGGAAGAUGCAUGUUCCUCAAAGAGUCAAGGUUUUUGCAUGGAGAGUGUGUUUUCCCUUCCAUAAUACAAGCAACAGUCAGGAUGCAGUUUAUGCAAUUAGCUACUGGAACAGGAGAAUUAGAGGAGUUUUUCCUUCUUGCAUGGGGAAUUUGAGGCCACGAAGAAAACAGAAGUAUAAGCGCCAUUGGCAGCCUCCUCCUGAAGGUGUUUUGAAGCUGAAUAUCGAUGGCGCUCUUUUCAGUGAUCAAUGUAAGGCUGGUGUUGGAGCUGUGCUUCGUGACAAUGAAGGGGAUGUGAUAUUUGCAGCAAGUAAAUCUGAACCUGAUAUAGCUUAUUCUUUGGAGAUUGAAUUCCUUACAAUUUUAAGGGGUUUGCAAUUGUGUAUGUCCCUUGGAAUUACAAAACUUAGAGUGGAAUCUGAUUCUUUGUUAGUAGUUCAAGAGUUGGAAAAGGAAGGGUAUUCCACUACAUAA